AUGCUUGAUGGAAACAUUCCAAUGGAUAUUGGAUUGCUAAAAGAACUCGCAACACUCAAUUUUUCCCAUAAUCAUUUACCUGGUGACAUUCCUAUGAGUGUUGGAAACAUGUCUUGUUUAUAUUCUUUGGAUUUAAGUUUCAAUAGACUAUCUGGUCAUAUCCCACAGUCUCUAACAUCAUUCGACUCUCUUGGUGUUCUAAACUUAUCUUACAAUAUGUUGAGUGGUAGAAUUCCAAGAGGGGAUCACUUUGACACAUUGAGUGAUAAUGGUUGGCCCUUUUUUGGAAAUGAUUUGUUGUGCGGAGAACCAACCAAGAAACUUUGUGAUGGUGAUACUAGCCAUACGAAGGAAGGCGAAGAAGAAGAUGAUCAAGAGGAUGCAAUCGGGAGAAUAAUGUUUUAUGGUGUUACUGCCUUAGGAUUUGGAGUUGGAUCUUGGGGUUUAUUCUUUGUUUUGAUUGUAAAGAAAGAGGACUGGUGGUUCCCGUAUUGGAGAUUUAUGGAUUCUGUUGCGGUUAAAAAAAAAUUUGGUCAAUACAACAAAGAAUAUAUAUAA